AUGGAGUCAGAAGAAUUCUCAAACGAAACAGCGGAAUAUGAGAGAAAGAUAACACGGGCAGUUAUCGAAGGUGAUGUUGAAAAACUCAGAGAGUUAUGCAAUACUUUACCCAAGGGAUUCAAUGUUAAUUUCAUGAUCAAGUGUUUGAACACAACAGUACUUAUGAACGCAGUGAUAAUGAACGAUUAUCCUUCGGCAGAAAUUCUUUGUAUUCACGGAGCUGAUGUUAAUCUAGGUACUUAUAACUCGUACAAAGCAAUUCAUUGGGUAUGUGAAAAACAAAACAACCCUAAAAUGUUACAUCUUCUGAUUAAUCAUGGAGCAAAUAUAAAUGAAAAUUGGCUCCACGGACAAAGGGCUAUUCACCUGGCCCUGAAACACUCGCGAACAGAAAAUGCUGAAGUUUUACUAGAUGCAGGAGCUGAUAUUUCUGGAUACAUACAACUUGAUAAUGAGCGGUGUUCGAAAAUAUCGACACUUUGUCUGGCUGCAAUAAAAUGUCCUGACCUUGUACCCAAGUUUUUGAAGCAAGGGGCUAAUCCAAAUGAGGUUCAUUCUACGAGUGGUUCUUCUGUGCUUGGACAUGUGUUAGAAAACGACGGAGAUAAAGAAGCGGUGAAAUCUCUUAUACAGGCCGGAGCUUGCAUCACCAAGGGCUCUAGAGGAAAGACAGCUAUCCAGUGUUGUAAAAAUCUAGGCAAGUGA